AAGGAGCUGAUCUUUAUCAGAGAGAAGAGGGAAAGAAGAGCGGAGGAAGCUCUGGCCCAACAGGUAGCGAACAGCGACCUACAGCUGCAGACAAACCUGUCAGUUUUUACACUUCAAGUGUUUGUUACCUGGGAAUCCACUUGGGUUUUUUGUUUUGUUUUGUUUUUUUUUGCUGUUUCUGCUGUUUUCUACACGCUGACCUCUGAGAAUAAGUGUGCAAUUCUCACCUUCAGAACACUCAAGCAUAUCAUCAUCCCAGUACGUGCUGCUCCAACACGGAGGUCACCAAUGGACCCGACCGCAGAUCUGCUCUCUGAUCCAGACCGAUGGCUCAGCGAAAGCCUCUGGUUCAACGCAACGGCUGCGAACGCCAGCGACGUUUACGUGCCUCUGAUGUCACCAGUGAUCAACAAAACCAUCAACAUAUCUUUGAUCCUUGUCUUAACCAUCGUCAUGGUUUCAAUGGGAUGCACCAUGGAGGUGUCCAAGAUCAAGCAUCACAUGAUGAAACCAAAGGGGGUGGCAAUAGCAGCACUGGCCCAGUAUGGUGUCAUGCCCCUCACAGCCUUUUGUUUAGCUAAGGCGUUCCAGCUGUCUGAAAUCAGAGCUGUGGUGGUUCUGAUCUGCGGCUGCUGUCCUGGAGGAAGCCUCUCCAACAUCCUGGCCCUGGCUAUACGGGGGGACAUGAACCUCAGCAUCGUGAUGACCUGCUGCUCCACGGUGCUGGCUCUGGGCAUGAUGCCUCUGCUGCUCUACGUCUACUGUCAGGGCUUCCCUGAGCUGCGGAACGCCGUGCCCUACGUGGAGAUCAUCGUAGCGCUGGUCAUGAUCCUCAUCCCCUGCGGCGUCGGCAUCCUCAUCAACUACUACAGGCCGCAGUAUUCCAAGACCAUCACAAAGGCAGGCAUCAUUAUACUGACGAUCGCUGUCUUGGGGAUCGCCACCCUCACCAGCAUCGGGGUUGGAGGCUCCAUCCUGAACGUGCUGGCUCCUCCCCUCAUGGCCGUCGGCGCUCUCAUGCCCUUGGUAGGCUACACCUUCGGAUACGUCAUCUCGGCGCUCUUCAGACUCAAGCGCUCGGAGUGCAGGACUGUUGCUAUGGAAACAGGCUGCCAGAACAUCCAGCUGUGCUCCACCAUCCUGAAGGUGGCCUUCCCCCAAGCGCUGAUUGGCCCUCUGUUCUUGUUCCCCAUUGUCUACGGGUCCAUCCAGCUGAUUGAGGCGGGGGUCCUCAUCGUGCUGUUCAGGGGUCACCAGUGGUUCACACGCAAAGAGAAAGAGACAUAUCAAAAAGCAGAAACAGGAGAAAAGACUGAAGACCCUCCUAAAGAGACACCAUGAAGGAUUGCAUCUCAAACGCCACCCAAUUAAUUUUUUUAUUUUUUUACCAGUCCUGCUAAGGCAAAAGGUCUGCAGUACUUGAAAUAAAAGGAAAAACUGACAGGCAGGGAUGGCCAUUUUGUGCCAAAACAUUUUUUGCAUUAUGAAUUGUGAGUUUACAAAGUGCAAUUUCAUUUGUCAAUGUUUUAUAUAAAGAACUAAUGAACACAAGUUGAUUUAGUUAAAACAGUUUUAUUUUUCAAGUCUUCCUACACCAUACAAAUGUCCAUCAUAUUUUUCCACUGAAAAUAAAAUUCCUAUAUACAAAAAAGUUUUUUUUUCCCAAACUCUUGUCUACACGUUCUUUUGUACCACAGUAACGAUCAGUCACAGUACCAACAGAUUCUUGGAAUUACUUUGCACACUUGUGUAAAAACAAAAGUCUGCAACACUGUACACAAAGAAAACCCUACACCAAAUAAGAAAAUUACAAUGCUAGAAUAAACUGCAUUCUGUGGGCAACACCAUUUUACAGUGUUGAAAUUAAAGUGUUGACCGUAUCUUUAGGAAAGCAUUACAUCUCCCAGCUAGCUGCAAGAAAAAAGGGACAAACUUAUUUACUGUACAGCUGUUCAACUGCAGGAACAACGUUGCGUAAUGUACAGUGUUCAUGACACCGGAGCUGCCAGUGCCACUUGUGAAGGUUGUUUCUAUUUGAGCUUAAAGCACAAAUAAAACAUUUCGAUGGUGAUAAGAGUAUAAUUUUGAUCAAACAAAAGCACAUGCAAGCAUUCUAAGUAAUAGAUAUCACGUACGCCGGCUGUGGUCAGUACGGUAUGUCAGAAAAUACAGGAAGAAGUGACUUGGAAAACAUGAGCGAUACGGACAAAGGUGGAAAAAGGUGAUUUAAAAAAUUCUCACUGACGAUAAAUGAAAGAAAGUGGUGGCAUGACUUAACAAAAGCAUCCAAAUACUGCGCAAAAAUACAGAUUCCCUCUUCUGCAAAGUGUAGAUAUCACUAACUUUGCAGGCUUAAGAUCAUUGAGACUUGGGCUUUUUUGUGAUUUUGUGAGAAGCAUCAUCGCUGCAGGACCAGUCUUGGACCUGCCGCUUCAAUAAAAGUAAUCAGAAGUGGAGUCACUGGGUGUAAACACACAUAACGAGUCUUGGCUCGAUGGGUAAUGAGUGGGAGGACACGAACAGCAUCACGAGUGCCUUCUCUUUAGUUAUUCAAUUUAUAAAUGCCCUAUUAUGAUGAUGAAAUAUUUGACCUGAUAUCAUUGUCCCCCAUCUGACAAUGUAUCUGCGCUUUUACGUGAAAAACUUGAUACUAAAGAAAACCACCCGGACAUGAAAAAACAAA